AUGGCUACUGUUGCUUCUCUUUGCACGGUCUUUCCCAUACUCACAUCAACCUUUUCGACGCGCCGUUUCGUUCCCCUCUCUUCCCGAACCCCAAAACGAAGUCGUAUCAUCACCUCUGUCGCUGAGGACCGAGAAAUAGUUCCCGUGUCUGAAGACAAAGGAACCCGUUUCCAUGAUGUUGAGGGGUUUCUACCUUCCGAAUCCAGCACAGAGGCAGAGGUUGGUCCUCGUCUCACCAACAGUGGUACCAUCAAUGCCGUCAUCGUUUUGGGGUUUGGGACUUUUGCUGUCACCAAGUUGCUCACCAUUGACCAUGAUUACUGGCACGGUUGGACUCUUUACGAGAUUCUGAGGUAUAUACCUGAGCACAAUUGGAUUGCCUACGAGCAAGCACUGAAAGCAAAUCCGGUUUUGGCUAAAAUGGCAAUAAGUGGGAUUGUAUACUCAAUUGGGGAUUGGAUUGCUCAGUGUUAUGAAGGAAAACCUCUUUUUGAGUUUGAUCGGGCACGGUUACUCAGAUCAGGUCUUGUUGGGUUUACUCUCCAUGGAUCUCUUUCUCAUUAUUACUACCAACUUUGUGAGGCUCUUUUUCCAUUUCAAGAAUGGUGGGUUGUCCCUGCUAAAGUUGCUUUCGACCAAACUGUGUGGUCUGCAAUUUGGAACAGCAUCUACUUUGUGGUUUUGGGCUUAUUGCGGUUUGAAUCUUUGACUAACAUAUAUGGUGAACUAAAGCAAACAUUUUUUCCCUUGCUUACUGCAGGGUGGAAACUUUGGCCUUUUGCUCAUCUGAUUACUUAUGGUCUGAUUCCUGUGGAACAAAGGCUUCUUUGGGUGGACUGUGUGGAGCUUGUCUGGGUCACAAUACUUUCAACCUAUUCAAAUGAGAAAUCAGAAGCCCGAAUAUCUGAGGCAUCAUCAGAAACAACAUCAUCCACUCCAAGCCAAAAUUCUAAGUUACAGAACCAACCUCGCAAAUAUUCGAAGAAUCUAUGA